AUGUCACCUUUGCUCCUUCGCACCAACAAGCUUCGUCUGUCUUCAUUUGGAAAUAAAAGGACAGGACCUGCCCUAGCGCCUAGACCAGACCCACCCCGGCCGCCAAGGCGUCGCCUAGAUCCGCCAAGGCCGUCUAGGAGCCGCCAAGAUCCACCCAGGCCGCCUAGGCCCUUCCUAACUCCGUGGUGUCGGUGUCCUCUCCCGCCUAGUGCUUAG